AUUGCACAGUCCGUCCUUUUCAGCGUUCUCUGUGGGCUGACUACUGUCAUCUAGAGCCACCAGAUCAACUGAAAUCAGCAUGAACAGGGUUACUCUGCAUGGAGUUUCUUUCUUUGACGAUGGAGUAAUCAACAAUAUUCUGCAACUGUCUACAAUAUUUCUAGCAAGCCCUGUGCACAGGGUAAGGAUGGUCUCUGCUCACCAGGAGAUGUUGCUGACUGGAUGAAAUGAAUUUCUGCAACUCAGCCCGUAUCCAAUGAAGUCCUGCAGGAUACACUGAAGUAGUCCCAGACGUCAAGCUGUCUAUGCUCUCCUGGGGACACGGGGACAACCUGUUAGAAGCAGACGUGGUUCUGUAGUUAGAAAUGAGCUUAUCUUGGCAGGAAACACUUUGCCAGGCUGGCAAAGAGACCUCUUAGCCCUCACAUGCCAGGGUAAAACUGCAAGUGGAGGUCAGCCCUUGGCAGCAGGGUUUGUGUUACAGGCCUGUGAACUACAGUGCCUGCCCCAAAGCACUGGGCACGUGCUGCAGCAGAUUUCUUCAGAAGAAGCACAAAAGGAGAUGUUCUGUACUUUGAAAAUAACUGGAGGCACUGGCAAGAAGCAGCAACCCUGCAUCGAACGAGGGAACUGCUUCCAGGUUAUCAAAACAUGCUGUUGAACUGAAUUUUGCAGCUGCAUUUUCCAAUGUACCAUGGGAUGCAUCAAAUCCAAGGCUGCCUUCCAAGGGUCCAAUGCCGUCCAGGAUGAAAGGAUCGGGGGAGGCAGCGAAGGGUGCACUGGGGAGAAGUCGUCGCUGCUGGCGGUGAAGGCGGAGGAGAAGGGCCCCUCGAGCGCCGUCGUGCUGGACUACGCGCAGCGGCUGUCGCGUGAGAUCCUGGAGCAGGCGGUCAAGCAGUGGGCGGUGACCGAGAGCAAGUACAGCGACAUCCCCUUCAUCGAGAGCGACGUGCCCUGAGCCCUCCCGCAGCCUGGCCCGCCUGCGAGUGCUCUGCGUGGCACCAGUGCAGACAAAGCACCCCAAGCUGUCCUCUGAGCAUCACUGUGGGGAGGUGUUCGCAGGGAGAAAAUUUGCCUUUUAACGCAGAUUGCUAACAAACUAAUUGGAUUGCAGUAGAACCUAUUUCAUCAAGUGUCAUUUGUUGUCAGCCAUAUGUUGAGUAUACUCUGUCUUUGUAUGUGUUGGAUGUGACCAGAAAUUAGUGUUAAAAAGAGGAUAGGAAGACUGUGGCUGCCCUGCACCUCUACAAGCACUGCUACAGUGGACAAAACGUGGAUUAUUUCUAUGUUCUGCAUAAAAGAUGAGUGGUUUGUCUAUAGGUGAGAUGAACUCUCUGUGCUUGGUGAAUUUGUCUGCGUUUUGCUAAAGUGAAAUCAAGGUCUGCAUGUAGCAAAGGUUACUGCUAUGAUAAAUUUUACUUUGGAUUCUGUGACCUAACUAAAUCUGUAAUACCACAAAAUAAUGAAGGUGAUGAGAAGUGCUUUGUAAACCCAAGUGGUGUUCAGGCAACCAUAUGGAUGAUGAUGCUAUUCACCUUCCAUUGAAGUGAACCAGAGAGAAACAUGCCAGUGUUGAUAAGCAGUGCGUUAUCAUUAACAGAUGCUUCUGUAAAUGCAUGAAAGCUUGUCUCUAAAAUCCUGCAGUAAGAUAGGUUAAUGACAUCUGGUCGCUGUGUUCAGACCAAAGCUGCUUGGUUUUUUGGUUUUGUUUGGGGGGUUUUUUUUGUGUUAGGGUGCUGGUUUGGGAGGAUUUGGUUUUGUUGUUUUACUGCAACCCAGAGAGAUGUGCAAAUGGGUAACUGGUGAAAUGAACCUUCAAAGGUGUGGCAGUGCUUUAGGACAAUUUGUUUCAUGGGAACUGUGGCUGCAUUACACUGAAAUUCCUCUCUGAAGUACCACCCUUGGGACAUCUUCCUUCAGCUUCUGUAGGCUGCUGCUUCCCAGUUGGAAAACCUGUUUGUGGCAAUGCUAGUAGGAGCUACGGGAGCCCCAGCCCUGAGCAGUGCUCUGAAGGCAGAGUUAGGAACUAAGCCUUAGGCCCAAAGCUCAAGGGCUGCAUUCCUCCCCCAUUGCAUCCACACACUGCUCCCUGCUUGCCCAGGACUCGCAGCCUGACCCUCUGCACUCACAGCUGGCAUUUGACAGAUCAGGACUUGGAUGAAUUUCUCCUAUUCAUCCUAAAGGUACAAUGUUGCUGACGUUUUAUACAAAGUGAAGGCCUUCUAACAGCCUGGCUUUUACCACCUGUUUGUUCAUUUUUCUGUGAUGCCCAGUUUAAAAGACAUAGUUCCUUUUUUGAGAUCAAAGUGCUUUCCAUUUUGCUUUCAUUUUAUAGAGAAAUGCUUUCCAUACUGGCUCGGAGCUGUUACUAUUUUUAAAAGGUACAUGUAGUUCUAGUAAAUGAUACAAAGCAUGAUUUUUCAAGCGAUGGGAACCAAGCAGAAAGAGGACCAUGUCAAUUGCUGGUUUUAGCUUAUUCCCUGACAUAAGACAGUCUAUGAAUUGAGCUGUUUUGCAAAUGUUGUGACACAAACCUAGGUAUUUGAAAUUCACCUAUAUGGGGAAGUGGGUUUAUCAGGAAUAAAGGGUGAAAAAUGCUUCUCUGUGACACAGCACAAGGCUGCCAUUAAAUCCCAGUGAGCAGACUGGAUUCCCAGUGACCUGCUAUUAAGGCUGUUCUCAGGCUUUUGCUGGAAUAGGGAACACAAUCAGCUUAUGCUGUAAUGUCGUCCUCUUUGAAGUUACGUAGUCAUCUUCAAAGCCAUUUGCAAAGUGGGACUAAGGUUUUAUGGUUCACUUAAAUUCUCCUGUUAACAGCGACAUUCCUUCAAGUUCUACAGCAUAUAAAACAUGAGAUCAUACUCUGCUCUAAAAUAUCUCCAUAUUAGUGUGUUAGAAAGCAAAGCCAAAACACCGAUCAAGUCAGUACAUAUCAAUUGGAUAUUGCUUAACCAGAGUAUUAAAAAAGAUUCCUUUUCCUAUUUCCUAUUCUUAUUCUAGCUAAAAUAAAGCUUUAUUACAAAAAAGAAAAAAAGGGCCAACCUUUCUAAGAUGAGUCUGGACUUGAGAGUGUUAACACUGCUAAACCACAGUAACUAAAUAAAAAGCCAAAGCUCCAUAGCCAUUGUUGGCCAGGCAGAUGAAGAGCAGGUAGAAAACUGCAUUCACUUCCAGAGCACCUUUAGGUGGAUCUGCCCUGGCUCUGUACAGAGACCCUGGCAGUUGCCACGGGGAGCGGGUGGUGCAGUGCAUCCUGUUGCCUGUCUCAAACCCUUCCUCUGGAUGUAGCCUUAGCAUCUGAUGCUCUUCAGGAAUAUCAGAUGCACUUUUGAAAGCAGCUUCCCCGUUGGCAGGCUGCCACUGCACGGUCCAACAGCAGGCAGAAUUCUAAAGCAGCCUAAGGUUCCAUCACAGCGUCCGUUCUGAUCAGCACUCGGAAUUUCCCCAGAGGAGCAAGUUACCCAGGCACGUUGAACAUGCCCCAAGGACCACUCCCAUGUGGAGGAGCUGCAGCGAGGGGUGGCUGCCCUGCCUGCCCCCGCAGCUGCCCAUAGGGUGACUCAGCACCUGCUUGGUGGCCCAACCAGUUCCUCACCUGCAGCCACCAACCUCAGCCCUCACUGGUGCCUGAAGUUUACAGCAGCUUCAGAAUGGCCCCAAGUGCAAUUCCAGCUGGUUUACGAUGCUUUCCAUGACAUUGGCACGUCAGGAAAGGCACGCAGCAAAUGGAAAGCAAACAAGCUUGCAAACAACAGGGAGAGGGCUUCUCACCAGGAAAAUCAUCUCUUUUACGGGAUGCUGUCCUUAUAAAUAAUGCACUUACCCCUAACAGAAAAUAAAUGUGUUCAGUACUACAGUCUGGUGAGAGAUUGAGGGAGAUCUCUUUCCAGAGCUCUGCUGUACGUUUAAUAGGCAUAAUACUAAUACAGUGUAAAAAUAAAGACUUCUUUACCUUCAUAAAUUCAGAUUAUGCUAAGCUGUGCUACAGUGUCAUAGAGCCACUGACAGUGGGUUUCCAGCUAAGUUACCAUUGAUUCUUUGACUUGAUUUUGUGUAAUAAAGGCACUCCAGUUUGGGACUGGCAUACUCUGCAAAACUGUUUACUUCUAUUUAGGAGUUAAAAAUAUAUUUGCUUUAUAUAUUCUCCAGGAAACAAGAUUAAUCUGAGUGGAUAUGACAUGACUGACUUGAUAUUCUAAUAAUGGUUCAAAAUACAUUAACUGCAGCACAACUUUGUAAAGUUGACGUUUCUGGAGUAAGGCACAUCAGUAUUCCCAAAUAAAACACACUACGAUAUAUUUUUACAAUAUUUUUUGUGAAAAAUAUUUUCUUGUGGACCAAAUAAAAUUCAACUUACCAUCUGC